AUGGGUACAGAGAGGGGCCGGCAGCUGGGCAGCCUGACCGUGUUCAGCAAGGAGGAUUUUGAGGAUGACUGGGUGCGAGUGGCCAGCGGGGGCUUUGGCCACGUGUACCAGGUGAAGCACAGGAGGUGGAGGACGGUCUAUGCCGUGAAAUGCUCCCCGUACCUGCUGCAGGACUCCAGCACCGACAGGACCAGCAUGAACAGCCUAAUGGAAGAGGCAAGCAAGAUGGAGAAAAUCAAAUUCCAGCACAUUGUCACCAUCUACGGGGUGUGCAACAGCCCUCUGGGGAUAGUGAUGGAAUAUAUGGCCAGGGGGUCCUUGGAGAGAAUCCUUCCCACUCACAGAAUGUCCUGGCAGCUGAAAUUCCGUGUGAUCCAUGAGAUGGGCUUGGCCAUGAAUUUCCUGCACAGCAUGAGCCCUCCUCUGCUGCACUUGGAUCUGAAGCCAGGGAAUGUCCUCCUGGAUGGGAACAUGCACGUCAAGAUCUCUGACUUUGGGCUGUCCAAGUGGAUGGAGCAAUCCAGCAGGAUGCAGUACAUCGAGAGCUCAGCUCUGAGGGGCACCCUGAGCUACAUCCCCCCCGAAAUGUUCCUGCAGAACAGCAAACCCCCGGGAAUCAAGUACGAUGUGUACAGCUUCGGGAUCGUCAUCUGGGAGGUUCUCAUGCAGAAGAAACCUUACGCAGGGGCCAACAUGAUGGCCAUCAUCGUGAAGGUGGCAGCGGGGAAGAGGCCGGGGCUGGAGCUGGUCAGGGACGACUGGCCCGGGGAGUGCCACCAGAUGGUCGACCUGAUGAAGAGGUGCUGGGACCAGGACCCCAAGCAAAGGCCGAGCUUUGCAGAUAUCCCUGUGGAGACAGACGUGCUGCUGGCCCUGAUCCAGAGCCUGGUGCAGGACCCGGAGAACGAGCGGCUGGUCAGGAAGAUGUCCCACAAACCGGCCAUCUCCAGGAGCCAGCAGAGUGACAAAGAGGAGCUCACCUUCCCCCCAGACACCAGGAGUGGGGGAAAGGCCAAGGAGGAGGCUGCUGGCCCAGCUCCGGGCGGGGAGGCCGGGCGCCCCGAGGAGCUGGGGCCCGAGGAGCUGGGCAGGCUGCAGGAGAACGGCCUGACCCUGCUGCACCUCAUGGUGCUGCAGGGCAACGUGGGCAAGGUGCGGCUGCUGCUGGGCCGCCGGGCCGGCGUCAACAGCGCGGCGGGCGGCGGCUGCACCCCGCUGCUCGUGGCCGUGCAGCGGCGGCUCCCCGAGAUCUGCUGCGUCCUCAUCGAGCACGGCGCCGACGUCAACGCCGCCGACGAGGACGGCUGGACCCCGCUGCACUUCGCGGCCCAGCACGGCGACGACCGCACCGUGCGGCUGCUGCUGGACCACCAGGCCCGCGUCAACGCCCAGGAGCGCGACGGGUGGACGCCGCUGCACCUGGCGGCCCAGAACGACUUUGAGAACGUGGCUCGGGUGCUGCUGUCCCGCCAGGCCGACUCCAACACGCAGGAGGUGGACGGCAAGACCGCCCUGCACGUGGCCGCGUGCUUCGGGCACGUCGGCCUGGUCAAGCUGCUGGCCAGCCAGGGAGCCGACCUGGAGAGGAAGCAGAAGAACCUCAGGACCCCGCUGCACGUGGCUGUGGAGAGGGGAAAGUUCAGGGUGGUGCAGUAUCUGCUGAAGAACGGCAUCUCCGUCAACAGCCUGGACCAGAACCACUACAGCGCCCUGCACCUGGCCGUGGCCCGGGGCAAGUACCUGAUCUGCGAGAAACUCAUCAAAUACGGGGCCAACGUGGAGCUGAGGACGGACAAAGGCUGGACCCCUCUGCACCUGGCCGCCUUCAAGGGGCACGUGGAGAUCAUCCGGCUGCUGAAGGGCAGCCGCGCCCGGCUGGACGCCAAGGGCAGCAUGGACUGGACGCCGCUGCACCUGGCCACGCGCUACGGGGACGAGCCGGCGGUCAGCGAGCUGCUGCGCUGCGGGGCCGACCCCAACACCCCAGAGAGGUCCCACUGGGCCCCCCUGCACUUCUCCGUGCUCAGGGGCUCCUUCCUCAGCGUCAUCAACCUCCUGGAGUGCCGGGCCGACGUCAACGCCAGGAACAAGGUGGGCUGGACCCCGCUGCACCUGGCCGUGCUCAAGGGCAACAUGGCCAUCAUCAAGACCCUGCUGAAGGCCGGGGCUCUGCUGGACGUGGAGGACAUCACCGGCUGCACCGCCCUGCAGCUGGCAGUGAGACACCAGCGGGAGAACAUCAUCACCCUGCUCCAGGGCAAGGAGUCCUCGGGGAACAGAGGUGAGAACAGGACUCUGAACGAUGCCAAGAUUGCCAGGCUGGUCCCAGGAAGGACAGAUCUGUAA